AUGGAUCCAUCAGCGGGUAUAGAAGCUGAAUAUCACCGCAAGAAUAACCGGGUUUAUUGUUGGAAAGGUCUUCGUUUUUCAGCUCGACAAGACUUGGAGGGAUUUUCUAGGUUUACAGACCAUGGCAUUGAAGGGGUUGUACCGCUGGAACUUUUGCCACCUGACGUUCGAUCUAAAUAUCAAGCUAAACCAAAUGACAGGGCAAAACGGGCAAAAAAGGAAGAAACAAAAGGCACUGUUCAUCAUGUUGAGGGAAAUCAGAUUGCUGCGCCUGCUGCUGAGGCUGAUGGAGAAGGUACAAGAGCUGAUGCAUCGGCAGCUCCGAUGGAGUUUGAUGCUGUCGCUGUCCCAGCUUCUCAAGGCGGAACACUGACACCAGAUGAACUCCAGAAGCAGAGCUCCGACACCGACGUCGGUCAGGAAGCAGGGCAAUUGGAAGCAGAUGCUGAGGGCGAGGUAGAGGCUGGUAUGAUAGAUGGAGAGACAGAUGCAGAUGUUGAUUUAUAAGCAGUUGGCUGAAAGUUUUCGGAUCGUCAUGCUAAGGAAUCAUGGUGAAACUUGGACAAUUUUUCAUCUAUCAGUGAUGAUCAGAAUGACAAUCUAUUUGAAUUCAAUUGGCCUCUCGCGUGAAUGCUAGAGUUAAUCCUCAUUUUCAUAAUUAAAUUAUGAAUGUUUCCGUGCUUAUUGUGCUCGCACUAAUUUUUCAUAUUCAUAUCAAGCUUGAAUUGUUGAUGAUA